GCUGCCCGUCCGCCCUCUUGUCUCGCCGUGGCGUGCGCGCCUCGGUCUCCACUCACCUCAUAUUCUCUCUCUCUCCUCUCUCUCCUCUCGCUGCCGUCCAAGGGCAAGUCGCUAGCGACUCAACCGAGGAGGAGUAGGAGGAGGGUAGUCACUCUUUGAGUUGCCUCGGGUGCCUGCAAGUGAUCGUGGGAGUUUCGGCCGCGAGGGGGCGCUAUCUGGGCGAGCGAUGGCGGCGUGCGCGGUGGAGGCAAACCCGCGCGGGGACUUCCCGGCGUGGCUGGCGGCGCGCGGCAUGAAGCCCACGUUCGCCGACGCCAUGGAGCGCGAGCUGGGCAUCAGCGACUACGAGGAGCUGCUGGCGUGCGCCGAGGACGCGCAGGUGACGGCCGAGCUGCUGGGCGCCGCCCGCGACCGCCUGCCCUUCGCCUUCUACGCCGUGCUGCGCCGACUCGUGCUGGCGCUGGCGCCGACGCGGCGGCGAGGGCGUCGCCGGCGGGGGACGACCCCGGGCGACAGCGACGGCGAGGGAGAGGAGCGGCGAGGGUCCUUGGACGAAGACGACGAGGAGGCGGGGGCGUGCGGUCCCCGCUGCGAGGGGGCGCUGGCGAGCCGCGCCGUUCUCGGCAGCCUCCUGGACGCCAUCGUGGCCACGCUGAGCUCGCUGAGCCGCGAGCUGCUCCAGUCGGCGCAGCGGUUCCGCUGCCUGGAGCCGGCGCUCGGAGCGAUCGGCGUGGAGGCCGUCGAGGGGCCGGCGGCUCCCUCGGUGGUGGAAGGGGGAGAGCAGGACAGCGAGCCGGUGGAGACUUACCAAUCGGUGGAGGAGCAGGGAGGAUGGGCCGAGAUGAGCACCGAUAACAUCAAGCAGGAGUCGGAGGGAGGAGCGGACGCCAAGUGCGAUCUCAAGGGGUCGCAGGCCGGGGAGCAGGUCGGCGAGUGGGACCCAGCCGACUGCUACGAGGAGGAGACGGCGCACGGAUGGGCCAGCCUCAAAGCCGAGCAGGACACGGCCUGCGGUGGCGAGAUGACCGACAUGGAGUCUGGUGCUGAGCCUGCCAUACUCAUGGACUCGGUGGCCACUGGUGAGAACUGCUACGAGUACCAGGAGGGGCAGCUCCACACCGAAAAUCCCGACUUCGACCGUAACCACUUCGCCGCCGCCGCCGUCGACGCCGCCUCCGUUGGCCAUCACCAGCAGGCCGGCACGGCGGCGGCGGUGGGGCCCGGUCGUCCUAUCCGGCCCCACCAGCACCAACAUUAUGGCACCCCGGCAGGACCGGCAAGAGAACCCAAAACCCGCGAUGGCUCCGCUUGGAACGGCGCCACGAUCAUCACCCGGCUGCAGAAGCACGAGCAAGCGGCGACGGGCGCCUCGCAGGAAUCGCCGUUUCCACCGACGGGAUCCGGCUACCGGAUCACCGUGGCGCAGCCGGCGCGGUUCAGGAGCGCCGGUCGGCGCGGCAGCGACGGAAACGGCGGCAUCGGUCCGUCCGCCUCGCCGGCCGGGCCGGCCCCGCCCCGGCCGUUCUGCUGCGAGGUUUGCGGCAAGAGCUUCCUGCAGCAGGGCUCCCUGCAGAUCCACCGGCGUCGGCACACGGGCGAGCGUCCGUACGCCUGUGCCGACUGCGGCCGCCGCUUCUCGGUGUUUUGCAACCUGACACGGCACCGCAAGACGCACACGGGCGAGAAACCGUACGCCUGCCACGCUUGCGGCAAGGGCUUCAUCCAGCUCAUACACCUCAACAAGCACCGCUGCAGCUGCGUGCUCAUCUCCUGACGCAACGUCGCCGCCGCCUCGUCCACACCAUUACACGCCACGCGGGUGUUGCGUAGGUUUCACAGGAGUAGUUGAAGUAGGAAUGGUUCACGUGUGAUUUUUUUUUGGGUUAGGCCCCACCGAAUUAGCUGACAGUGGCAGUAUCGCGACGAACCUUCCACCACUGGACGCAUUAAGUUGUCGCGCGUGCCGGCUUUCGACAACGUGCCGAUCGCUGUUGUUUCACCUUGCCAGUGAGUUCCCAGAGCAAUCCUCACAGCCAAAUUUAGCGAUUAGAAACGCGAGGUUUUGCUUGAAACUGCGUCAAACAUCAUCAGGACAGGGUCCAGGAAAUCUUGAGUCACAAUCCAGGAAGUCGGGAUCACUGUGGCAUGCUUCCUUAAACGUGUGUCGCAUCAAAACUACGUGUUUAAGCGAGUAGGGAUGAUGAUGAUGGUGAUCGUGAUGAUUGAUGUUGCUGUUGUGCUGAGUGUGAUGGGUCGCAACAGCGACAAAAAAAAUCAGUCGUAUGAAUAAUGAUAUUGUGAUGAUGAUGAUUGUCACGUGAUACUGCCGAGCGUGGCGGGAGAUCACAUUACGGUCAUUACGACAGCAAACGCUCGUGGUUUUCGUACAGUGACCACGUGGGUUCUUGUUGUUGUAGUUGCAGUCGUGGUGACAAUGCCGAUGAACCAGUGUAUACCUCUCGUCGCCGUGGCUGUGACUUCUGCUAGCCCACCCACUACGGUCUUGCCAGCGACUCGGAAAGUAUUUCCGCACUCGGCACACCACAUCCAGUAUACCUCUGGUCGCUACGGUUGUGACUCGCAGUCACGCGCCACCUACUCAUUCGGUCUUGCGAGUGACCGAGACAAUACUGAGUGAGAUGCUAAGCCCCGGGUGAUUGGCGGUAGCGAGUCCGGGCUGUAGCGUAACUGUUCGUACCUGCGAUUCGUUAUUUUGAGUCUUGGGUAUGAGGCCAUGUAAUGAUGUUGCCAGACCGGACGCAGAAAGACCUCUUCAUAAUUCUGGUAAAACCGCCUGAAGAUGGUUUUAGUAGCCUGCGAAACAUACUGAAAUUAUAUUCUUAGGUUUUUUCGGUAAAGUCACGUAGGUAAAACAUUAAAAUUAAUGAAAGUAAAAUAAAAUAAAAAUCACGACGUUUCGGAGGCAACACAAGUCUCCGUCAUCAGGUGGGACCGUCACAGCCAGAUUUGCUGCAUCAAGUGAGGCAAUGAUUCAAGAUGUAAUCCCUUAAAAGCAAGUUGAGGGGGGAGGAGAGGGGGGGGGGAUCUCAUCAGAAUGUGGUAGCCAAUGAAUGGAACGUAUCGGGAAAUGUGGGUUUGUGCUCCCAUCACACCGAUGUGCUGAAGUAGGCAAGUUUUAGUCACGUGACAAACCUUACUGAUUGUCAGGUGCUGGUGGGUUAACGACACAUUUACGCGAUCUAACCCAAACACCUUUAUUACCUUCGAUAAGCACCCCGAAAUGUCUGUCCGUCCCGCCCGUGACGUCGCUGCAAAAGAGCCCCCCCUCCCCCCAACCUCAUUAAUGUUCAUGCCCGCGUGGAAAUUUACACUAACGCACAAGGUCGCGCACUCCACAUGCCGCACCCCCCCCCCCCCCCCUCAUUAAUAAGCAUGAGCUGAACAAUUUUUCUAUUGAAUAUUUUAGAUUUACUGCAAUAUACACCCGUCCUUGUGCAAAAAAGUUAGUUAUUCAUAUCCAGAAAGUCGGAAUAAAAUACAGGUGACGGUUGAAUUUGCUUGGACAGGUCAGUGGUGGAGGGUCUUGUGAAAGCUAUUUGGCCAAAUCAUUUAAUUGACCCAACCCAAGAAUCAAUUAGGAAUCGCAUUGACUGCAAUAUCCUACGUGUUAAGUUAUGUACAGUAAGUACGUGUGUUAUGUAUUUUUUUUUUAUUCGGAAUAAAAGCAAUUUUAUAACGCGCACAAUAUUUCACGGACGUAAAUGGCCGUGACUCCCAGUAGGCUCGGAGCCGACGGGCGUGUCGCCUUCUCGGCGUCUCUCGGAGUUGCUGCGGAGUUGACGCCGCCGCCGCUGCUACCGCAGAGGUCGCAAACGGGUUUUUAUUCCUUACCCGUACCCGGCCGCACCAGGGUCGCAAACGGGUACCCGUACCCGGCCGUACCCUACCCGUACCCGGACGGGUAUUGGGUACGUGAUUGCGACCUCUGGGAUGAAGCCAUGUUGCAGGUGCGGGUGGGUUGAUUCUAGGAACUUGAAUUGUGAGAAGAGACAAGACGUUGGGCAAUGAGUGACAAACGGUUACUUACCAGUGAUUCACGGUCUACCCGUACCCGGCCGGGUAGCCGGGUAUCGGGUAGGGUACGGUUAUCGGGUACCCGGUUGCGACCUCUGUGCUACCGUGACCGUGCGGUAGCAGCAGCACCGGCGGCGUACGAUGGCCGCGUUCCACACGGCUGGGGGCUGCCACGUAGGAGAACGAUCGUCCUGGUCCUCGGGUGUGAAGAGCGAGGCGGAGGUUGCAAGUCGGACGGCAGGGGACUUCGUAGCCGCCGGCCCUGCUAGCGAUGUCGGGAAGCCAGUGGAGGCAUCGGUGACGAGUGGACUCCUGGGGUGGUAGAUGGCGGCAUCUGACGGUGCCGUUGGCGUAGCUGUCAAAGGACAAGGUGGAGCCGAUAAGUAACGCCGAAGGACUUGAUGUGGUCGGAGGAACGGAGAGCGGAGCCAGCAAUUGUUAGUGCGCUAGAAGGGAGCGUGGACGUGUAGGUCGUGAACAGCGCCGGGCAGCCGAGGAUUGAACCACGAGAGGGGACUGGCGCGUGAGAGCUUUGCCUCUGCAGAUUAAGGCUCCACACACCGAGAGACAUCGGGGGAGUUGUGGGCCUCGGCGUGAGAGGGGUCAGGGUGAAGCCUGCGGCGAUGUGGCAAAGUUUGUUGGUGACGUCCGUGCCCAAGGAGGUUGCGAGCUUCAGCGGUGCGCGUGUGUGGGGUGGGGGGGUGGAAGUCAUCGUUGCUGAUUCACGGUAAUCGGAGUAGUUAGCGGUCGUCGUCGAAGCGACAGACUAUAAAUACAGCUGUGUCCUACCAAAUCCACUUGCAGGUUCGUGCUGGAACGUCCGGAAAGGAUUUUUUCGCAGCCUUUGCUCACCUCGCGCCCACGCCGUGAACGCGCCACUGUCGCGGUUCGGCUCCGCGAGGUUUGCGACUCCGACCGUCGUGAGCGUACGAAGCGGACACGACACGAGAGUCUGCCGGGAGGGCGCUUGUACAAGCAACUCUUCGUUCACAAUAAAGUUCUGCGAACGGUG